UAUCCCUACGGAUGUCCCAGGAAUAAUCAUAUAUACCCCUGACACGAUAAAUAAAAAAUAAAUCGUUAAAAAACAAUUAAAAUAAUAACAUAAUAAACAGUUAAACAUCAAUAUAACAUCUCAUUAGCGUCUCAGUAACAUCAGGAUCCAAUCUCAUCAUCCGUUGUUCCGUAUUCCUGUGUUCAUUAUACUGCCUAUUCGAGUGCCUGCUCAAACAACCAGGUCUUCACUUUCCACCGAAAUGCCAGUAGUGAGGGGGCUGAUCUAAUUUCUAUAGAAAAGGCGUUCCACAGCCGAGGGGCCACCACUGAGAAGGCCCUGUCUCUCAUUCCCGCCAGACGUACUGUGAUGCAGGCGGGACCGAGAGCAGGGCCUCCCCAGAUGAUCUUAAUGGACUCCCUACUCCAGAAUGAGGUCCAAGCCUUGCAAGUGGGUAAGCAUUUCCAGCUCAGAACAGAAGUGUGCCGUCGUGGGUGUAAAAUGUUUGUUUUUCUGCUCCAGAACUCUCACAUCAAGAAAUUGGCAGGAGAGAGCUUCUGCUUCCACUGCACAGCUCCGGGAGGAAGGAAGGCCAACGUUGUCGUCACCAACAGGAGAGUGAUGCUCAUCAAGGAGGUGGAGAUCCUGGGACACAUCACCACCGACUGGGAUUAUUCGUACGAAGAUUUCACGCGCCCGCCGGCCGUGACCAACAACGUCCUGCACGUCUAUGUGAAGAGAGUUUGCCAAGCCAUUGACGAAGCGCAAGCGUCGAGGCAUCAGCAGAAGUUGGUGAAGCAGGCUUCUCUCCGGUUAAGCCGAUCGUAA